AUGCGCCCUUCUGCCCAGGGAAUGGCCCUGAGACAGUAUGUGAUGCUCCGCAAACUGGGAGAGGGUGCGUACGCCAAGGUCAAGCUGGCGCUGCACCUGCCCACGGGCAUGGAGGUGGCUAUAAAGAUCGUGCCCAAGGGCGGCAACCGCGACAAGUUCCUGGCCCGUGAGGUGGCCUGCAUGAAAGUCCUACGGCACCCGAACUUUCUCAAGCUCUCCCAGGUGGUGGACACCGAGGACGAGGUGCUGCUAGUCCUGGAGCAUGCGCAGGGGGGCGACCUGGAGGACUACCUGUGCAGGUGCGGGCGCCUGGUGGAGAUGGAGGUGCGCCACCUCUUCCGGCAGAUCCUCGCCACGCUCAGCCACUGCCAUGCCCGGGGCGUGGCGCACCGGGACCUGAAGCCAAAGAACCUGCUCUUGGACCGCCUGGGGGUGGUCCUCUACGACGUGGUCACCGGGGAGCUGCCCUUCGAGGGCAACAGCUUCGGGGAGCUGCAGGCCAGGGUGCUGAGUGGCAUUUACCACGAGCCACACUACCUCUCCCAGCAGUGCCAGGACCUACUGAGGAAGAUGGUGAUGCUCGACCCCCAGAGUUGCAGCACCCUGUACAGCAUCUUCAAGCACCGCUGGGUGGGGCUGACAAAUGGACUUCUGCCCUGCCCUGAGCCAACCCCGGGCCAGCACAAGGCCACAAUGGAAACCAUGGACCACCUUGGGUUGGGGAAAGAGGUCAUCAACAUGGUGCUUUUGGAGGCCAGGUACGAUGAUGUGAUGGGGACCUACCUCAUGCUGCUAUCCAGGCAGCGGGCAGAUGAGGAGGGGCCGGAACCUGCCAUCUCCCCCAAGCGCAUGAGUCCCGAUGGGGCCCACUGCUUCCUGAUGCCAGAAGACCAUCUGCAGCCUGAGGUCUCGGUGCACGAGACAUUAAAGGUGGGAGUGUUACCAAAGCAAGAUGCCCAGAAGCCCACCACCACCUCCAGGACAGGCAUCCCGCAGGAGGACACCGGCAUGCGGAGCUCCGUCCCCAGCUCAGGGCCCCUGAUGCCGGACGCCUGGAAGCCCUGCAUGGCCUCCAGUUCAGGGCCCAUGCUGCGGGAAGCCUAGGGGCCCAACACCAUCUCACUGCCAGGCCCCCUGCAGGAGGAAGCCCUGCGGCCCAGCACCACCUUGCCAGGCCCCCAGCUGGAGGGGGGCAAGGAAACCAGCAGGAAGACCUCCAGCCUAGCCCCCCAGCACCACCCGAACACCUCCCCCAAGAAUGGUGGCCCCUGCAGACACUGGGCCAUGAACACAAUUCCCAUUCCACCCUUCAUUCCUUCAGAGGCUACAAGGCCAGAGCUCGAGGACUCCUUAAUAGGAUUUUAAAAUGUUGCAUUUGCUGUGUACCCUUCGGAGGAAAACAACAAUCCACAGUUCACCCUGCUGGGGAUUAGGAUCCUCACCAGCACCUCCCCAGAAUUCACUUCCCCGCUCCAGGGCAGCCACCCAGUGGCCAUGGUGAAAGGAGCACACCAGCGGAGGCCGAGGCCCCGGAGAGGGGUCAGGGUCUGGGCUCAGCCAGAGGGGCCAGGAGCAGCAUGAGACCAUAGGCGUGGAGCACAGACGUCCGCAAGCAAAACAGUCCCAGGAGCAGGUUCUAUCCCGUGAGGGCCCUGCUGGUGGCCCCUGGGCACCCGGAUGGUACAGACAAUGCAGGAGCUCUUCAGGCUGACUGGCGCUGUCAGGGAAUGACAUCCAUGGUCCCAGAGGGUGUGAGGAGGCGGUCACCGUGGACACACUGGUUCCCAUUGCAGGGGCACCUCCAGGUGACCUGCUCUACCUGCGGGGCACUGGGGCGUGGAGGCAUCUGGACGCUCUUUCUCCACCUGGAGGAGACAGUCUGAAAUGGAUGGUUUAGUUUAAAUGUCUAUCCCAGGACACAUUAAACUGGUGUUUGAAACCGACCGUGUUUGCUCCCCGUUUAUGACUGCACCCACACUUCCAACACAUCAGACGUCAGAGAACUAAAAAUCCUUUAACAUUCUUGU